AUGCCCGGUACCACCACCACCAUCAUGGCUGGCGGCUGGACAGACGCGAGGCCCGCCACGCCCCCCGAAGGCGUCAUCGUGGUCGAAACCAGCUUCACCGUCGAGGAAGUCUUCGAGGACCCCGAGCCCGCGAAUCACUCUACCAACACCAUCUUCGGCGACUCGAGCAGCUACUACCAAGCCACAGUCUGGUCCGCCGCGUCGCAGUUCGCUCGAAACAUCCUUGAGCCGGAAGUGAAUAACGGACGAGCUGGAAACAUCAACAACAACGUCGACAAAACCACCACGGGCAAAUGGGUUGCAACCGCCUUGCUCUUGGCCUUGGUCAAUUUCAUGACCAUGGUCAUGGAAAGCAUGAUGCCCGUCAUGAUUCCCACCAUCAUCUACGACCUCGACGUCCAAGGAUUCCAGUGGCUCAUUGCCGGUCCCGCCAUCGGAGCGGCAGCCACGGCUCUCAUCGCCGGUCACCUCUAUGUCAUCGUCCCCUUCAAGCAGAUCUACAUGUUCUUCGCCUUCAUCGUCCUGAUCGCCACCGUCUCCCCGGGCUUUGCCCCGAACAUGGCCUUUCUCUUCUACGCGCGAAUCCUCCUCGGCGUGGGUCUGGCGGGUCAACACUUGGGCAUGCUGGUCUUUUUGGAACACAAGUGCAGCUUCGCUGACAAGGUGCGCCGCGACUUCUUCCUCACCCUCAGCUCCACGCUCGGCCUGAUCGUCGGUCCCAUCUUCGGCUCCAUCUGCGCCCAUCGCAACAAGGACUGGACCUGGGGUUUCUACACGGCAUUCAUCCUCCUCGCCUUCGUCUUGGUCAUCCUCUUCUACCUGCUUCCGAAGGAGGUGGAGCUUGCGGCGAACGCGCCUUGGGCCUGCGGACCGGUCUUCAACUGGAACCAUCGCCUCAACUGCAUAGACACCCUGGGUGGACUGCUCAGCUUCUUCGGCAUCAUCACGCUCUUGAUCACAUUCAACUUCGCCGGCACCUUGAUCCCCUGGACCGACGGAUACCUGUACAUCUCCCUGGCCAUCGGCGUCGUCUUGAUCGUGCUGCUUGUCCUUCAGCAGGCCUACAAGAUCCUCAACUCCCCGUCCACGCGCCUGUUCCCCGUCGAGUACCUGCGACACUUCAAGACCGUGGCCCUGUUCGUCCUCGUGUUCCUCACCGCCGGCAUCUUCCACACCGCGUUCUCUUACACCGCGCUCUACCAGCUGUUCACCCGUCCCGAGCCCUCGGCAGUCACGACGGCGUUCUACCUCUUAUUCACCGUGACGGGUCCAUACUUGAUCCCGGUCUUGCUGAUCCCGAUCUACCUCGGUGGCGGCUUGAUGAUGAGCUACCCGAUGUUCCCCAGCUACAGCUUCUGGAGCGCCGUCUCCUCAGUCUUCCUUCUCGUCGGCACCGCCCUGCUCUUCACCAACAUGCCCUCUGUGUUGCCCGGCUCCUCCAACGGCGGCCUGCCGACCAUCGGGAGAGAGUUCGCCCUCGCGUGCAUCGGCGCCUGGUCCACCAUCACCCUGUCCAUGGCCCACCAGCUCAUGGACCUGCUCCAGUCGCCAUUCACCCGGGGCAGCCAGGACGCCCGCCAGAAACACCCGCUGCACAACCGUGCCUUCGUCCUGUUCGCCAUGUACCUCGGCGCAGCUGUCUCCCUGACCAUCGGCGGGAGCGUCUUCAUGCAUGUCGCGCCCCGGGCCGAGCUGGCCUUGCUGCGAGAGGCAAACGAUGCGGGCUACCCGGCCACCGUCGAGAACGCUCUGGUGCUCCUCCUCGGCUACACCUUCAUCGACGGUGAGGUGACGCCGGCGCUCUUCGCGGCGUCCAUCGCGGCGCUGGAGGACGCCUUCGGCUGGCUGUUCGUUGUCGCCCUCGCAGCCGCCGUCGCAGCCGGCGUGGUCAGCGUCUGUCUCUUGGUCGCGAAGGCGGCCAACGGUGCGCUGACCCGCAGCGUCAGGGCCCGCCGCGCCCAGAUCCCCGAGGACUGGCGCGCUGGCAUGGGCGGCCGUCCCGGCCAGCAGCGGGACAUCGAGCUGGUGGCCCGCGCCAGCGGCACCACGCUCUGA